UGUAGAGUCCGGAAACGGGGGGAAAUUCAAACUUGGUAAUUUUUCCGUUGCCAACCGUCACAUAAAUAGUGGGAACGAAACUGCGUUGUUAUUGUCGGCCGCAUGUUUUCAUUUGGCACGGCACCACGUUACGAACACGUUACGUUUAAUUAUGGGAGUUGAGGUCCAGAACAAAUUGUACAUUCGUCUGCCGGUUAAGAUAACUGAGGAGCUUCAAGUCAAGGAGCUGCACAAGAACAUCGUCGAAGUAUCGCUGGCCAGACAGAAAUCGGCCCGCUGGUGCAUCGCUAGGUUCGAAAGCGAGGACAAGUUGAGAGAGGCACUCAAGGAUUUAAAGCAGAAGAAAAUCAACGGGAAGUCUAUCGUUGCCAAAAUAUACAGGAAGGAACGGCCACACAUCGUUGGCACAGAUACUGAACAGCUGAAGAAACUAAUCAAGUCACAAUUUGCUUAAUAAUGGGAGGUUCUUUUAUCGGCAACCCCUAUGGGGAGUACUAUGUAGAGGAUGACGAGGUGGACUUUGAUGUAAUUAUACCGGCAGAAGAGGUGGUGGAGUUACCUCCACCCUCUCCUGACGAAGAUUUAGUUUAUGAAAGCCCUCCGGAUACGGAAGACGAGGAGUAUUACUACGACGAUAUGAUGGACGCCGACGCAGACGUCGAUCCCGAAUACACUUACGACUCUGCAAAUGGUUCGUCGUCUUCUGAUGAUGAAGAUGUUGAUCGUCAUGUAAUGACUCCUCUUGAGGAGGCCAUCAUCGAUGCUCUUGAGAUGGAAGCCGCCAUGAGCUCCAAAUCCUCGGAUUCUGACACCGAUUGAUUGAGCGUUUUGGAAAUAAUGACUUGUUUCGUUAUUUUGAUCUGUACAAUCAUCGACAUCGCUACAUCGGAAAAGUAAAAGUUUAAAUUUUAAAAAAGGCUGUAAAAGGUUGAUGUUCAGUUUUGGUUUUUCGUUUAAUUUUAACGUAGAAAUUUGAAAUUAUCACAUAACUUGGGCUAAUAUUUGUACAGGGUAUAUUUUAAAUAAUGUUGAGAAGUACUGAUAAAGGAUAAUAAAGAAACGACUCAUUUGCCAAACCACAAAGUUCUGCCUCAGAACGCCGACACCCCCUGGAAUCUCGACCCCAUUCAUUAGUAGCCUUGUUAAUUUGUUAAUUAAAUCAUUCCAUAAUCGAUGUUUCAGUGUUUUUAUUUGGUCUUGAUUUCAUUGUGGUGUCGGCUUGAGUGUAAAGUUUGUUCCUACCACAUAGUUUGUAUAAAUGUCUGAUAUUAAAAAACCAUAUAAUAUAUGAAAUAUUGUAUAAACAAAUAUAUAUAUAUAGGUGUGUUUUCAUGCGGUCAGGCACUUCCUAAGUUCCGAUCGCAUUAAUUAUAACAAAAUAUGGAUGUAUAAGCGUACUCACAAAUUGGGUGUAUUAAAUAUAUCUAGAUAUAUAUGUAUAUGUAUUUUAAUUUGUUGAAAAAAUUAGUUUUUUUAAAAUUCACAUGUACCAAAUAAAUAAAUAUAUACUAUUUAUGUUAAAA